AUGGUAGCUACUUUCAGAAGUGUUCACAAGCAGAAUAGUGAUAAUGAGAUAGAAUGCCCUCCAGUUCAGUUGCAUGUAUUGGAACACCAUGUGGUUCUUGAUAACGGCAUAGUCAGAGUGACUUUCUCGACCCCUGAUGGAAUGAUCGUCGGAAUCAAGUACAAUGGUAUCGACAAUUUACUGGAAAAAACGUACACUCGAGAUAACCGAGGGUAUUGGGACAUUUAUUGGAACAAAAGAAGCCAUCUCCAGGACACUAUCGACAAGCUCGAUGGAACAAGUAUGAAUGUUGUAAAACAAGAUGACGAUCAAGUUGAGAUCUCAUUCUGGAGAGAAUGGAGUAAUACUUCAGAAACAGGGUUGCCCCUGAAUAUCGACAAAAGGUACAUAAUGUUGCGUGGCGACUCUGGAUUUUACUCGUACGCGAUUCUCGAGCGCUUGGAAGGUUGGCCUGAUGUUAACCUUUCUCAAGGACGCAUCGUGUUCAAACUUCAGCACGAUCUGUUUGAAUACAUGGCAGUGUCUGACGACAGACAAAGGAUAAUGCCUACAACUGAAGAUCGCGAGAGUGGUCAGGUGCUCGACUAUCCGGAAGCUGUUCUUCUUACAAAUCCAGCCAAUUCUUUUCUCAGAGGAGAGGUUGAUGACAAGUAUCAAUACUCGAGCGAUAACAAGGAUAGUCGUGUGCAUGGAUGGAUAGCAAUGGACCCUCCCACCGGGUUUUGGGUAAUCACUCCAAGCAAUGAAUUUAAGACAGCCGGGCCCGUCAAACAAGACCUCACCUCACAUGCCGGCCCGAUUUCCUUAUCAAUGUUUUUUAGCACUCAUUAUGCCGGACUGCCUCUGGUAAUAACAUUUGAAGAAGGUGAACCUUGGAAAAAAGUCUUUGGACCCGUUUUCAUCUACCUUAACUCGGUCGACACCGGUGAAGAUCCCCUUACGCUGUGGGCCGACGCAAAGGAACAGAUGCUCAUAGAAACCGAGAGCUGGCCUUAUGAAUUCCCAGCCUCGGAUGAUUUUCUUUUUACCGAUCAGCGUGGUGUAGUGAGUGGACGAUUACUUGUUCGCGAUAGUUACAUCAAUGACCAUCUGAUGACUGCAAACUCGGCUUAUGUCGGGUUGGCUCCACCAGGCACACACGGAUCAUGGCAAAGAGAAAACAAGGGCUAUCAGUUUUGGACUCGGUCGGAUGAUUUGGGGUACUUUAUCAUCACCGGCAUUCGACCUGGCAAGUAUUGUCUCUAUGGUUGGGUCCCUGGAUUUAUUGGCGAUUACAUGUACGAAUAUGUAAUCGAUGUGCUACCAGGAGGCGAAAUUAAGCUCGGAAAUAUCGUAUUUGAACCUCCGAGAAAUGGACCUACCUUGUGGGAAAUCGGCAUCCCUGAUCGUACGGCUGCUGAGUUUUUCGUGCCCGAUCCAAACCCACAGCUCAUGAACCAGUUGUAUCGUACUCAGGCCGAUAAUAGGUUCAGACAGUAUGGAUUGUGGGACAGGUACACAGAAUUAUACUCAGAUGGAGAUUUAGUGUACACAGUAGAAACAUGCAAUUACCAGACAGAUUGGUAUUUUGCUCAUGUCAACAGGUACACUCACACUUCAAUAAAAAUGUCGGCUGCACAGAGCGGUAAAUGGUCACAUUCUCCCCUUAAGCUCCGUAUAUUGCAUCGCCAUGUCGUGAUGGAUAAUGGCAUCGUUAACCUUAAGUUAACAAAACCGACCGGCUUGGUCUCAGGCGUCGCAUACAGAGGAGUCAAAAAUGUCCUCGAAUAUAAGAAUAAAGAAACAAAAAGAGGUCUCCACAGCACGAGCUUCAGGGUCAUAUCACAUACUAAAGAGCAUAUAGAAGUUUCAUUCAUGACAGAAUGGAACGAGGACCUUGGCGAAAGUGGUUAUCCCCUCAAUAUAGAUAAAAGGUUCAUUAUGAUUCCAGGAGCUUCCGGGUUCUACACAUACGCAAUAUUCGAACACAAAAAAGGUUGGCCUGAUUUGAACAUUGAUGAAGCAAGAAUCGCAUUUAAGCUUAACAAGAACUUGUUUCGUUACAUGGCCAUAUCCGAUAACAAGCAGAGGAUCAUGCCAACAGACGAUGAUAGAGAUAAAGGUCGUACGCUUGAUUAUAAAGAAGCAGUUAUAUUAAGAAAUCCCAGCAAUCCCAAACUCAAAGGAGAGGUGGACGACAAAUAUCAAUACUCGUGUGAGAAUAAGGACAGCCAUGUGCACGGUUGGAUUAGUUUGCACCCUCGCAUAGGAUUCUGGGUGAUAACACCAAGUGAUGAGUUUCGAGCAGGUGGUCCUGUAAAACCAGAUCUUACUUCUCAUGCUGGCCCAACUUCCCUAGCAAUAUUCUUUAGUGGUCAUUAUGCGAGUCCAACUUUUGGAGUUGGAAUCCGCAAUGGGAAGCACUGGAAGAAGGUCUUCGGCCCCGUUUUCAUAUACCUAAACUCUGAUUCGGGUGACAAACCAAGUUCACUUUGGGAAGAUGCCAAAAAUCAGAUGUCUGCAGAAACCGAGAAAUGGCCCUACGACUUCCCAUUAUCGAACAACUUCCCUCGUUCAAAUCAACGCGGUACACUUCAUGGCCGUUUAUUAGUCAAUGACAGGUACAUUAACAAAGACCCUUUGCCGGCAAAAUCUGCUUAUAUGGGGUUAGCUCGACCUGGACACGUUGGGUCCUGGCAAGAUGAUGCGGAGGGCUAUCAAUUUUGGACACGAACUGAUGAAGAUGGUUACUUCAUGAUAAGAAACAUUAGACCUGGCAUUUACGAUUUGUACGCUUUUGUUCCAGGGUUUAUUGGAGACUUUAGACAUGAUAAAAGUAUUGUCAUUCGAUCAGGGGAUGAAAUUCAAAUAGGUGAGCUUGUGUAUCAUCCUCCAAGAAACGGCCCCACUCUAUGGGAAAUCGGGAUACCUGAUCGAAUGGCAUCCGAAUUCUACAUUCCUGAUCCAAAUCCUGAUUUUAGGAAUAAGUAUAUUAACCAUCCAGAAAAGUUCAGACAAUAUGGUCUAUGGGACAGAUACACAGAUUUAUAUCCUACAGAUGAUCUGACAUACCUUGUAGGAGUCAGUGAUUACCGAAAAGACUGGUUUUAUGCUCAUGUUAACAGGAAGACAGGCAAAAACGAGUAUAAACCCACGACAUGGAAAAUUGUGUUUGAUUUGAAAAAUGUCGCAAGGACGGAAUCUUACACGCUCAGGCUUGCUCUGGCAUCUGCCACCUUGGCCGAAAUACAAGUGUGGAUUAACGGCACCUACAAAACACAUCCACAUUUUACAACAGGGCAGAUAGGGAAGGACAAUGCAAUAGCCAGACACGGUAAUCACGGGUUGUACUGGCUUUAUAGUGUCGAUGUAUUGGGAUUACAGCUUGUGAACGGAAGUAACGUAAUCUAUCUUAAGCAAUCAAGAGGAAGAAGUCCUUUUAUAGGCGUCAUGUAUGAUUAUAUUCGUCUGGAGGGCCCGUCUCAAGGACUUGUGCCGAGUCCAAAUAACGAACCAUCACCGAACGAGUUAUUAUUAUAUGAUAAUUAG